GUGAUUUAUUUUUUACGUGCUUGCUAUCUUGUAUCUUGUUCAACAAAAAUGAAAAAAAGAUGUAAUGUAUUCGUUGAUACUCGAACGAAUCGCAAAUGUCACGCGCUCGUAAUUUCCGCGACGAUAAGAACGAAUUAAUUAGCCUCGUCGGUUUGCAAAUGAAAACUCGAAUUCGUUUUCAACGUACAAGGAAAAUCGGUCGCUCAAAAUGCGGCACGCAGAAAAUUCGUGACUCGUUGAGACCCGUUUGCAACUGAAAAAAAAAAAGAAACAAAAAUGCGAUGGGAACAUCUGUUUACAAUUGACGUUUCGCGUUAGUAUCCUUUCCGUGUGCAACGAGUAACAUCGAAGGGCACGCGUUUCUCGCGUAUAUCGUUUCUGCGAAGCACGUCGUUGCGUAUCCUAGAUUUAGCAUGAAAAACACCGUCGUGGUUAACGCGUAUACGUGUAUUUAUCUAUCCCUGACAUUUUCGGUUCUAUUUAUAGCGUCGCGUUUAAGGGUGUCGAUAAUACUCCCAUUUAGUUUCACGUUUACGAACGCGGUGACGAAGUCCGACGAUUGUUUUCGUGGAUUUAGGGAUCGUUCCCGAUGGUGGUCCAUUGUUUGAUGCGUUUGUUCGUCGUUACGUGAACGAUAAGUUCGGCGGUGAAAAUCGAUCGCGGUCGCGAGUGAUAAUUGGAGCAACGUGAUCGAUUCGAAUCGGUGAAAUCGUAACUGGAGUCGUCGAACGAACGAGGAAAAAGAGGUUUCGGUAUGACCUGUGGCGGCGGCAAGGACUCGUUGGAUACAUCGGGCGGGGAGGAGGAGGCAUGGAAGCUGAAGCUGGUCGGCACCGCCAGUCUCAACAUCAGGGGCUGCAGCUUACCCUGCCAUCCCCGGGAAUCCCCGGACUGGACGUCGUGAGAGCCUUGCAUCAGACUGUGAUAUCGUUACGGUCCGCGCUGGACUCAUCACGUGAAGAGCUUCGUCGUCUUAAGGAGAGCGUCGGUGAUUUUUCUGGCGAGAGUUACGUCGACGUCGUUGAGAGGCUCGCUCUCGAGAAUCACGUUCUUAGGCGAAAGAUCCUAAGCAGGAACAGCGAGUUUUCUAGUGAUGCUGCCACAAGCCCGCCGCCCCAGGCUCGUCUUUUUCCACUCGCAGUAGAGGACAUCAAAGAUCUGUCAGGGCAAGCAGGCGCACUCAUGGACGGGACGAGGGACAAGGCCGUCGCGGACGACGUGUCCGAGGCACCUAGGCAGCCGACUAAAGGACAGAACGGGAGCAAGAGCAGCAGCAACGAGAGCCUCGAUUCGCAGUCGCACACGGUCGAAAAAACAGCCAAAGGAGCUUCCUCCAUGGAAGAAAAACUGAAACGGUCGAUAUCAAAGGACAACUCGACCGAUCCCGUAGACCCUACACGAACAGCAACUAUGGAAUCGGACGAAAUCGUCAAGAGCGCGUCAAGCGAGGCUGCGCCGACCUCGAUCGACAAACAAUCCAAGGACCCGGAAGCGGAGGACGCGAACGAGUCGCAAGGCGAUCGUUUGGACGUGCCUGAUAAGGAUUUGGAGGACCUGAGCUUGAAAUCCGUAUCGGAUGGAGACAAUUCCGUGUUCAGCGACAAUCCGGAGACCCAGGCGAACCAGCAGCUUCAACGUCAGAGUCAGUCGGUGGACCAGCCCAAGGUCAACGAUCAAUCCGAGAACGAGUCCGAAGAAUUGGACGAUAUCGAGCUGAUAUUCACUACUGAUGAGACGUGUCGCGAUCUGGGUCUCCAGGAGGAUCUCGUGUCGAUCACGGAAACGGAAUCGUGGCAGCAACCACCGGCUGCCAAUCAACCGGUGCUGCUCAAGUAUACAAAGUCUGGCGAGGGAGAGUCUCUGGUUUGCAACGGAGAGAAGACCAGCUCCGUAGAGGAGGCGGUGUCCUCGCAGAGCUCCAGCAUCGAUCGCGAGGAAAGCGUUGACAGAUUCGACGAGAGCUCCAGCACCAGGUUGAACAAGAUGUGGUCGCAGUGCUCGGUGCUGGUAGAGACUGACAUCAGCAAGUGCGGUGUCGUCGAGGAGCCCGAAUACCCCACCAGACACGCGGUCAGGAGGAACACUUUGGCUGCGCCACCCACCGCUUACAGGCCGAUCAUCCACCGAGAAGCCCUGGCGGGCAGUCGUCGGAAGAGCUCAGCACCGCUGAGGCCAGUGAUGGACAGAAUCAGUGGAGCGAGACGAGAAUCCGGUGCUCAAACGGACAUCUCAGCGCUACCGGCUCAUUGGCGUUCCGAGAGCUACCUCGCGCACAAAGUAGCCCAUACGUUCACCACGUUGCCCAGCAAAUUCGCCCUGCCGACCGGGGUGCCCGGAAGACUUCGGCUCUCCGACAAGACACGGGAAGCCAGGAGAGUGAUGCUCUCGGACAUCAGUUUCACCAGCAUGGUGCCGGAGCUGUCCAGAAGCGCCGAUCAUCUCUGCCACGAUCCACACGCCCAGAAUAAAAUUCGAAGUACAGUAAAGACCGGAUCAGUGAAAGAUAAUCGGCACCCAAACAAUGGAGUUAUCCAGUCCGAGUUUCUAUUCUGUGUUUACAUUUGGCUCGGGUCGAGCGUCGAACGUAGAAAAGGACAGAGAAAGAGAAAGAGGUCUCCGAGGAAAAACAGACGUGACUCAUACCUAGCAGUCAUAGCGUAACGCUUUUUCGUUACAAUUUUAGAGUCAAACUUCUCACCAAUACCCCACCGUUCUGUAAAACACUAUCGCGUUGAAAACCGAAUUUUUUUUGACAAGAAU